GUCCCGUCGCGGUUCCCUUCUCCGGCCGGGACCCGCCUCUCCUCUCUUCUCCUGCCGCCGGCUCCGCGGCUCUUGGCGGCGCUCCCAGAUUCCUGCCCCCGGCCGGAGAUUGGCUGCGAGGCGAGCGGAGCGGGCCCGUCGGGGCGCGCGUUGCUCUCCAGCCUUGGCAGCGGCGGUCGGGAAGGCGAGCCGCCUCCGCUCCGCUUCGCCCCUCCUCUCCUCCUCCUCCUGCUGCUGCUGCUCCUCCUGGGCUCGCCUCCCCUCCGCUCCAGCGGCUCCCUCGGCCGCCUCGCGCGCAGCUUUCCGCGGGGCGCCCCGUAGGGGCCAGGCGAGAGGCGCGCCGCGCUCCUCCGCGCCGGGCUUGGCCUGCGGGCCGCGGGAUGCCAAGAUGCCCUGGCGGGGGCUCGCCGUGCUGUGGGUGCUGGCGCUGGGCUGGCCGGGCGCCGCCGCUUCUGCCGCCGCCGCCGCCUCGUCGUCGUCGGCGGGCCCCUCGGAGCGGACGGCGCUGGCGCGGGAGCGCUUCAAGGUGGUCUUCGCCCCGCUCAUCUGCAAGCGGACGUGCCUGAAGGGCCAGUGCCGCGACAGCUGCAAGCCGGGCAGCAACAUGACCCUCAUCGGAGAGAACGGGCACUCCAUGGACACCCUCACGGGCUCCGGCUUCCGCGUGGGUGAGAUGGGCCAACUCUUCCCCCCCCCCCACUCCAAGCAGGGCGGGAGAGGUGCCAGGGAAAGGCUGGGGAGGGGGCCCUUGGGGAGUUGUUGUUCCGGAGUAAGUCACCCACUUUCAAGUGAAGGGUUAACGCUCCCUUCAUUUGCCCCAGAUGUUGCUCAGGCGAAGGAGCCAUCCCCUCCUUUGCAGAAGUGCAUUCCUGGAAGUGCUCACGGGGCUCUGAUGCUCUCUGGUCAAUCCCAGUGCAGGAGGCAACUCACCCCUAGUGUCAGGAUCCAAGCCCAGGUUAACCCGGGAAAGUGGGUUGGUGGCAUAAUCAGGCAAGUUGGAUGCUUUUCCCAAGAAGAGAUGCACUUCCUACGGUUUGUUUUUCAACAUUGAGGCCAAAAGGCCUUGCCCACUUGAGGACACUUCACUUUUACGCACUUUUCCAGAUAGCAUCUAGCAACACACAUGCACACACCACUGCCGUUGCCCCUCCCUCCCUCUGUUCUCUCUCUCUAUUUUUCUCUCUCCCCCGCCACCCCAUUCUUUCCUCAACUGCUUUUGGCUGGUGGAAAACCUUACCUCAUGUCCCAGCCCAUCUCUGGGGCCCUGGCUGCCUCAGAGUUGUUGCAGCAGCAGCAGAUCAGAACCGUUAGCCAAGCAAAUACACAUGCAGAUCCAGGGGCUGCCUCGCCAAGACAAACGUGCGUGAAGAGGCUAUGAAAACACUUGCUAGGUAGGGAUAAACAGGAGCCCAAAUGGCCUAGAUAGGAUUUAGUUUUUGGCCCAAGGUCUCUAAUGGCUAUUGCCCAGAAUUUGUUUUCUGUGUGCCAGUCGGAGGUGCCAUACAGGGCUGCUUUAAAACGGUGGGCCACAACAACCGCUCUUUAGAAACUAAGCUGACUGCGGAGAAGGCAGGACAAGUCAGCAACUGAGCUACACAAAACUCUGCCACUUUCAGGCCAAGAUUUGGGGCAGAGGGACUUGCUGCAACCUAGGAAGAGCCCUACUUCAUACCACAAUUUAUAUAGCUGCUCCAUAACUCAAACUCGUGGGUGGCCCAUGAGGAGCAGGAGGAGAAAGGAACCACAAUUAAGGCACAACAUAAAACAAUUGAUAUACAGGCUUUUUUAAAGUAUGAGGGCCAGGUUGUAAAUGGUCAGGGCUAAGUCCUAUUUAUUCACAGUGGCCAACCGAGAUGCUCCAAGGUGAGUCCGCAAGCAGGACAUGGGUGCAACAGCAACACUCUCCCCAUUUGCAAUUCCCAGAACUGGUGUUCAGAGGAGAGGCCUGUGCCUUAAGCAGUGGAGGUGGAACAUAGCCAUUGUGGCCACUGUAGCCACCAAUAGACUGAUCCUCCAUUAAUUUGUCUAAUUCUCUUCUAAAGCCCUCCAAGUUGGUGACCCUAACUACCUCUUGUUGGAGUGGAUACCAUAGAUUUAACUGUGUGCUGUGUGACGAUAUACUUUCCUUUUGUCUGUCCUUAAUCUUCCAACAUUCACCUUCCUCGGAUGGCUCCUGAGUUCUAGUAUUACAGUAUAUGAGAGAGAGAAAGAGAGAGACAGAGAGAGAGAGAGAGAGGAAGUGAUGGGUCUGUAAAUGGCUGUUAGGCAUGAUGUGAUAAGAAUUUUAAACAACAAUGACAAGUGAGGCCUGCAGCAAAGUGUUGCAGCACGCUCCUUUUCAGGGUUCCCACCGUGCUUCCUCUUCUAGAAUAUUCCGUUUCAUCUGCCUGCUUUCCUGGUUUUCUGUUUCCUUCACGUCCCCUCCUCAAAACCAUCCAUCAUUCCACCACCACUACGAUUUUUCCUUUUCGUCCUUUUGCAAACUUACAUACUUAAUGGUAGUUUUUGAUGACACAGACAUCCUGAAAUUGGCAAGCCGAUAACACCAGAACACCACCACUAGCCUCCUAAUUUGUCUAGCCCUAUUUUGAAGUGGAUAAGCUGGUGGUACUUGGGCAAAGAAGGGGAAACCAUAAGGCAAGGGAAUUGACGCCCAGGUGAAUGGUUCAGUGACAGAGCACCUGCUUUGCACGCAGAAGGUUGGAUCUCUUGCAAAGGGUCAAGUAGAAAGCGUUGGGGAAGACCCUUCUCUGCCCAAGAACCUGGAGAGCUGCUGCUAGUCAGAGCAGACAAUACUGGCUUCCUAGGCAUUUUCAGUCUGAGGGUUUAAGAGGGUUCUAGCUCUGGCAUUCAACUUGGCAUGUGUGGUUUCAAGCCGCCACGAGUCCCUGAACUUCUCUUUAUGCAAACCAUAGGAGUCAACUCCUAGGGACUGAGGUCUCUUUGCCCCCCCCUAAAAUAUUUGGGGGGCUGCCCCACCCCCUUCCCAAAGUUGAUGGGCACUGCCAUUCCUAGGCAGGCAGGCUUUGCUGACAGCAGCCUUCUCCUUUGCUGCAAAGAUUUCUUUACCAGCUGGACUGGUAUCUGACUGCCAAAAAUCUCUCCCCCUUUUAAAUCGCCUAGGGCAAAAAGCAGGGUCUCUUGGAGAGGACUCUCCUUGGCAAGCGUAAUCCUUGUUCAGGAGUGGAAGAGGGGAGCGGUGGAAGGGAACGUCCUUCAGCUAAUGGAAUCCAGAGGUGGAAACUUUGGCCUGUGAACCCAUCUCGCUAGCCAAGAGCUGGAGAGGUGGGGCCUCUGGGAGUAUGCAGAGAGCGAGGGCUCCGAAUCAGUCCAAGUCCUGUUCUGGUCUAGCCCAGAAGCGGCACCCCCUCUUCCCCCUUCUACAUUCCGAACCUUCCCUCCUUCCCUCCAUCCUGAGCAUUUUGGAUUUGGAGCCCUGUUUCCUUCCUAGAUCGCCUUCCCACCACCCCCAUGUUUUGUUUUUCUUCGCACAAAGGCUCAAGAUACCCAAUAUGAGCCAAAAACUGCAGCGUUUGUUGACUUUCUGCAGCUUGGGAAGGAGGCCGGCCAGCGUGGGAAGGAGCCUUCCUGGCUUGGUUGAUUACUCUCUGCAGAGGGGUCCCUCCCUAUAACCUCUCCAGACUGGGAUACCCGAACUUUUGGGACAGCCAAUUCCCCAGAAGGCAUUGCCUUAGCUAGGACCGCACAUUCUUAAAAAGGCUAGAUAAGUAUUUCAGAGCUUUUCCUGACCCUUUCAGAUUUCCUUAUCUUCAAGGGGAAGGACUGUAGGCCAAUGUUAGGGCACCUGCUUUGUGUGCAGAAGGUGCAGUAUUUGGUCCUGGCAUCACCGGGUAGGGCUGGGAGAAGGCUUCCUGUCCAAAACUCUAGAGAGAUGCUGCCAGUCAGAGUGGACAAGACUGAACCUAUAGGCUGAUGGUCUGACUAUGUAUAUGGCAACUUCCAAUGUGGCUAAUAUAGGCCAUGGACUCAGACCUCACUAGGUAGUUUUAAGAGCAUUCAGUCGACCCACAUUUUCCAGGACUGAGUCCUGCAUUUGCAGAACUCAGAAGCUCACAGCUAAAUGUGUUAACCAAUUCCAGUGAGAAAUAUUGUGUCUAAGCUGAAACUGGGAAAUGUGGAGUCUCUUCAUUGGGUGGGGUGUAUGUCCUGGAUUUGGAAUAGCUAUUAUUAUUACUACAGUGGUACCUCGGGUUACAAACACUUCAGGUUACAGACUCCGUUAACCCGGAAGUAGUACCUCGGGUUAAGAACUUUACCUCAGGAUGAGAACAGAAAUCGCGUGCCAGCGGCGCAGCGGCAGCAGAAGGCCCCUUUAGCUAAAGUAGUACCUCAGGUUAAGAACGGUUUCAGGUUAAGAAUGGACCUCCGGAACGAUUUAAGUCCGUAACCAGAGGUACCACUGUAUUAUUAUUAUUAUUAUUAUUAUUAUUAUUUACCUGCCCUUCACCAGCAGGUUCCAGAGCAGGAAACUUAAAAUCAUAAACAGUUGAAAUAGAUCCCAAUCACCGGAAUGGAUUGGGUUCUGGAAACGCACAUCUCAGGGGCCAAAGGCCGAGGUUAAGAAGUGUGCCUUUCCACCUAGGGCGGGUGCUGUCCUGCUGAACUUCAGCCCUUCCCAAAAACAGGCCUGUGUCAUUUUUGCUCUUCUGGCUCAGUAAAAGGCAGCUUCCUCCUCUGUGUCUGUGUCUGUGUCUGUGUCUCACUUUCUCGCUCUCGUCUGUUGCUGCUCUAUAGCCUACUCCCUCUCUUAACUGCUCUCCCCUUUUCCUUCUCCCCAAUCAUAACCUGCCAUAUCCUGAAGGUGUGUGUGGGGGGGUGCCUUGGCACAUUCCCAGAGCGUGGGCAGGGGCAAGCUAAGGGCACUUUGCAUCCGUGGCCAGGUCAGCCUCUUGGAGGAUUGGAGCCUCCCAGUUUCCCACUUCCGUUCUGCAGCUGCCUCCACACCAUAAAGCUUUGUCAUUUCACCAUUGCGUUUGGCUGGGGCCUCGUUCUCCUGGGCCCAACCCCUUGUUUUCUCUCUGCCUCUGAUAUUGCUCAGAGGCUGCUCAAUCACCUUUUUCUCCCAGGGACCGUGGGCAACUAGAACCCUGGUUAUAGGGGCCUAUGAGACGGGCAGAUGAGGGGUUUCAUGGGAUGUGCUUUGUGAUGAACUCCUGCACAUAGCCACGCUUGCAUAUACCCUCCAACAUGUCCAGGCCCAAAACCAGAACGUGCUCCUGGGUGAGUCACAUGACCCACGUGGGAUUACAGCCGCGAAAACAGGGUUUUUUUGGGGGUGAAAUUGCUGCAUUCAACAUUGCCACCGUGCUCUCGCGCAAGAAAACAGGAUGUCCCGGUUUUCCCAGGAUAGUUGAGGUGUAUGCUAUUGGAGACAGUGUGCUGCUGGGCAUGUGCAGAGUGCCUUUCUUGCCAUGUUCAAAGCUGUGGGGCUUGCGGGCAGAUUUUCUAGACCUGUGGGUGUGGGUUGAAAGUGUAUUUACUGAGUGCUUUUAUAUCCCACUUUUUUUAUCCAGGGAGCUUAAAGGAAUGUGCAUAGUUCCUUGCAGCAACCCUGUGAGAUAGGUUAGGUUGAGAGCCUAUGACUGGCCCAAGGUCAUCCAGUGAGUGUCAUGACUUGAGCCCUGGUCUCUGACCACUGCACCACCACUAAGCUCCAGCACCCCUCAUUUCUUAGAAGAAGCUGCAACCGAGUUGGACUGGCGGCCUGACUCUUUGUAAGGGAGCUUCCAAGUUCCUAACUUCUGAGUAUAGAAAGGAAAAAGUUCUUCUCCCUCUUUAGGACUAAUGGGAGGUUUCAAAAAUUUAGAUUCAGUUAGCUAUGGGAAGCAUUUUAAUUUUGUUUGUCCAGUUUGAUGUAUUAUAUGGCAUUCCCUGUCAAGGUUGCUGCUUAACUAAAUAAUGUUUGGAAGGUCAGGUUGUGAAAAAAAGACAGAAUAUCCUGUUGAGAAAAAGCCAUUUUAGUUCAUUUUCAGCAAAUGCUGUAUGUUUGCGGCUCUGUUCGAUGGGGCCAACACAGGUAACCAGGCUGGGGAAAGCUGCAUUAUAUCUGUGUGUGUGUGUGUGUGUGUAAAAGGUAAAGGGACCCCUGACCAUUUGGUCCAGUCGUGACCGACUCUGGGGCACACACUCAAUUUCACCUGAAAUGACUGUAAAGUUUUUAUUAGAGUAAGAAAUAUGCACAAAUGUAAGAUGGGUAACACCCAACUUUACCACAGUACCUGUGAAAAGGUCACAGGUUUGAUCUCUGGCAUCACCAGGUAAGACUGGGAAUGUGCCCCGUCUAUAACCCUGGGGAAUUUCUGCCAGUCAGUGCUUGAAAUACCAAGCUCAAUAGACCAAUGACUCACAAGGCAGCUCCUUUCAUUUUCCAGUGAAAGGAGUUUUGAUAUUUGAUAUGAAACUUCCUGAAAGUCUGGGUUUGCCUAAUCUGGGGUGUGUUCAGACUCCCUCCUCUCCCCAUUUCAUACAAUACUGGCUUUGUGGCUGUUUCCAGAACUUCAGAAGAAAUGUCAGAAUUCCCAGGUUUGACUCUAGGCCCACGCUUUGUAAAUUGCACACAUCUGCGGCUUCUCCUGAUUUUAUGGGAUGUAUUGUAUUGUUGUAGACAUUCAGCAGACAACCCAGCUUCUGAGUCAAGGAGUUACUCAUGUUUAUAUAUCCCAACCUGUCCUGUUUCCCCCUUUGGGGCUUCUCCAACCCAGGUCCCCCCCCCCCCAUUUUGAGAACUUCCUUGUGGCUUGUGCCCCCACAGUCCCUGAAUUGUUGGCUAUGCUGCCUGGGGAUGAUGGGGGUUGGAGUCCAACAACAUCUGGAGGGCCACAGGGUUAUUAUAUUUUUAGAUAUGCUGUAAGCCACCCAAAGUGGUUGGGGAAACCCAGCCAGAUGGGUGGGGUAAUCAUCACCACCACCAUCAUCUUGCUAGAUCAGUCCAGUGGCCAAUAAUCUAGCAUCCUGUUCUCACAGUGGCUAACCAGGUCAUAGACUCACAGAAUUGGACCACAAGAUGCUUGUGGGAAGCCUGAAAGCAGGACCUGAGCUCAACAACAGCACACCUCUCCUGUGGCUUCCAGCAACUGGUCUUCAGAAGCACCACUGCCUCUUUCUGUGGAUACGACACUAGUAGCCAGAAGUGGUGAUAGCAGAGAUAUUAGAGUGGUAUGCCUCUGAAUACCAGUUACUGACUUGCACACCUUUUGUUUGUUUGUUCAUAUAUUUUUAAUUAAAUUUGACCACUUAUGCUGCAUGUUAAUAAUACAAACACAAAUGUGUUAAAGCUGUAGCAUGGCAGAAAGUAUGCUAUGUUUGUUUGCUUUAAACAAACUAAUAAUAAUAAAUAAAUAUGUGCACUCCACCCCCGAGACCACUCCAUUGUAACUAUCCAACCUCCCAAAAUUUCGACACUCUUGUGAUGAUGGUUUGGCCCCUUUCCAUUUUAAGAUUUUAAGAUUUUAACUUAGUUUUGAUUAUUCAACCAGUGUACAACAUGUUAAGAGAACUGAAUGACACGAGGUAAAAAAAUAAUAAUGGAUCACUUGAUAUGGAAUGACCCAAAAUAGGAAUUAAGGGUGGUUGUUUUCUUAGGACGGUGGGGUUUGUGUGUGCUGUGUCCUGUUAGCGUUGUGGUGGAUAGGAAAUGCUCUGUGGGGUGGGGUAGGGGGACCCAAAAUGGGGAGGUUGAGGAGAGUCAGUCAGCGGGGCAGUGAGAAUUGUCCCCAUUUUCAUCUGAGGAAUGUCGGAGGGUACGGACUCGUCGAUGGGGAGAGUACCGUCCCGCUUAGGUCCUGCUUGAGGGCUGUCUGUCUGGCCACUGUGAGAUCUGGAUGCUGUACAGUGGUACCUCGGGUUACAUACGCUUCAGGUUACAGACUCCGCUAACCCAGAAAUAGUGCUUCAGGUUAAGAACUUUGCUUCAGGAUGAGAACAGAAAUCGUGCUCUGGCGGUGCGGCAGCAGCAGGAGGCCCCAUUAGCUAAAGUGGUGCUUCAGGUUAAGAACAUUUUCAGGUUAAGUACGGACCUCCAGAAUGAAUUAAGUACUUAACCCGAGGUACCACUGUAAUAGAUGGGCCUUACCCACCCAUAUUCUUAUCUGCCUGACUUAUAUGUUAUAGGAAGAAGCUCCAAAGGGCAUGUGCCACCACAUUAAAGCCCCGAUUCCUACAUUGUACAGAACAGACUUCCUGGCAAAGUGAUAUCUGCAGGAGGCCAACUUUAGUCCACAGUGUGUGACAGGUUGGACUUAAGGCAGCCAAGGAAUUUCCACACACCCUCCCCAGGGGGGAUAAAAAACCGUCCCUCACCGAUCUUUCCCUGCUGGGUUGGCCCUUCCAUAGCUGGGCACCAUGCCCUGCUCUUUUAUUUGUUUUUGUGAAUGGAGGGUGGCGUUUGGGCAGGACCAGCCUGCAGCUGCUGACUGUUGUCUGGGGAUGAGUGUGUGUGCGUUGGAGAGGGCAUGUUUGCCAGCUUCCCAGCUGCUGACUCAGCACUCGGAAUUCAAAGAGGCUGAAAUGUUGUUCUCUCAAUCCUGGUAGCUAGAAAUGUCUUUCUCCUGGCUCUUUGUCCAAAGGUUUGUUUUCUGGGAAAGGGGGCACCCUGGGAGCUGGGGACUCAUUCGAUGAAGAAGUGGCAGACAUGUUUUUAAAAAUUAAGUUCCUGACAGGCACUUGUGGAACAUAAUACCGUACACAUACAUAAACACACACCCUCCAAAGUAGAGUGUACCUUCCAACAUUUAUCUGAUGAAUUUUUUAUUAUUUAUACCUCACCUACUGGACUGGGUUGCCCCAGCUAUUCUGGGCAGCUUCUAACAUACUGUAUUUUUCCAUGUAUAAGACUAUAUUUCCCCCCCAAUUUUUUUAAGUUUAAAAUUGGGGGUCGUCUUAUAGACAGAAUGUUGCAAUUAUUUAUUUUCUAAUUUUGGGCUCCAAAAAUAGGGGUCAUCUUAUACACGGAAAAAUAUAGACUAUAAAAACAUAAUUAAACAUUAAAAAAAUUUCCUAUAACAGGGCUGCCUUCAGAUGUGUUCUAAAGGUUGUAUAGUUAACUCCUUGGCUUGCGGGGUGGGGGGGUCGCAUCACUCCAUACCAUCCAACAUUUAUCCGAUGAAAAUAGGGACGUCCUAAGGAAAAGCAGGACAUUCCAGUAUCAAAUUAAGCCUCUGUGGUUUCCUAACCUAACUACCCGGAAACUGAGAUGGCUUCUGUAAAUCCAGGACUGUCCUGCGAAAAUAGAAGAGUCUGAAGUUGGAGAUUUUGCAGUUUGCCUGAACCAUAGUCAGAGAGAUUUAAACAUGCAAGUGAGGCAGUAUCCCACCCAUAUUAAGCACUGUUUUAAUUAUCACAGGGUUUGAUGCACCUCAAGUUAAUGCUUCUCUUCUCUGUUUCUCUCCCCCCCCCCCACUCCCUGGCAGUGGUUUGCCCUCUGCCCUGCAUGAACGGUGGGCAGUGUACAUCUGGGAACCAUUGCUUGUGCCCUCCGGAGUUCACAGGGCGAUUCUGCCAAGUGCCGGCCGGUCGCCAGAGCCAAAGCCAGCAGGCCCGACUGCCCGGUGAGGGCCUUGCCAUGGAGACGGGCUCCAGCAAGCACGCCAUCUACGCAGUCCAGCUCAUCUCGGACGGCCACGGGGACACGGCCUCUGGGCCCGGCUCGAAAGGCACCAUCAGCCACUCCACCUUCAUGGUGCCUCUGGGCCCUGGACAGCAUUCAUCCGAAGGUACCCGAGAGGGGGCAUUUAUGUGUGGGUAGGGAUGGAUUCUGCUUUGAGAAGGGCACCGGCCACUAUGGGAGAAUUGCGGUUAGUUAGGUUAGGAGACCACAGAGGCUUAAUUUGAACCCAACUGUAGGAACUUGUGUGUGAAAUAAGAUUCCCGAGCAUGUGCAGAGUGCUUUUUUUAGUCCCCUGGCAUUGGUGCUUAACUUCUCAGUGGCACUUCUGUCUAGGUGGCGGCAGGCUCUGUGGCUCAGUCCCGCUUACUUCUUGCCCAGCAACUGGAACUGGUAAGGUGGUAGAUAAGCAAAUAACAUAAAAGGGGUGUCUCUGACCAUGUUAAGAAUGACCACAUCCAGCUCCUACAACACUUGUGGCUAAAGGAGACGUCUGUGAGAUCUGUGAGGUAAAGGUCUGUGACGUAAAGGUAAAGGACCCCUGACAGGUAUGUCCAGUCGCAGACGACUCUGGGAUUGUGGCGCUCAUCUCACUUUACAGGCCGAGGGAGCCAGCGUUUGUCUGCAGACAGUUUUUCCAGGUCAUGUGGCCAGCAUGACUAAGCCGCUUCUGGCAAAACCAGAGCAGCGCACGGAAACGCCAUUUACCUUCCCGCUGGAGCGGUGCCUAUUUAUCUACUUGCACUUUGAUGUGCUUUUGAACUGCUAGGUUGGCAGGAGCUGGGACCAAGCAACGGGAGCUCACCCCGUCACGGAGAUUCGAACCACCAACCUUCCGAUUGGCAAGCCCUAGGCUCAGUGGCUUAGACCACAGCGCCACCCGCCUCCCAUAUGUGACCUAGGAGCUACCAAAAUGGCAACUGCUUCUAGCAGCUGCCUCUCUUGCAGCCUAGUAAAUAAACCCAGAAAAGUCACUAAUAAAAUAAACAUAGAAAAGCCACACAAUAUUUUUAGUAGCCUGCUAAGGAGCUAGAUGUCUGUAUUUCCAUACAACUGCAGAGGAGACCAUGCCCCCUCUGCUAGUGGUGACUGGUGCAUUUUGGGAUUGGUAGGGCAUGGAGGCAAACAGUAGGUGGCGCCAGAGCCAACAACAGGUGGAGACAAAUCAUUUCACUUUUUGUCUCCUUCCUUCUGUUGAGUGCUACAGAGACUAAAGAGGAGGAAGCUGACAGACAAGGCGAGGGAUGAUGGGAGUCGUAGUUCAGCAAUGACUCGAGGGCCAAAAGUUCCCCAUACCUGCAUUACGCAAACACAAGAGCCUUUGGCCACGUGCAGGGGUGCACUUGCCUCCGUACAUGCCAGACUGCCCAACAUUUUUGAGAUUUCCCAGGGAGUGCUUGCAGGUCAGAGGGAAUGGCCAGGUAGCUCACCUUUUUGCCCUCUAGUUCAGGUGCACCAGCCGCUGGUCAAUGUCCGGGUACAUCACCCCCCAGACGCCUCAGUGCAAGUCCACCGGAUCGACAGCCUCAGCUCGGAGGGAAGUGGGCCAGGCAGCCAGCAACACCUGAUCCAGCACCCUGCUCCCAAGCCCGCUUAUACCAGGCCCCCCACCCAGAAGCCCCUCGGACGGUGCUUUCAGGAAACGAUGCCUAAACAGUCGGUGAGUGGAGUGGUCUUCUGACAAUUCUGUUGCAUAGGAAUGGCACCCAAGCAGAGAGACACAGUUAAUUUUGCAAGAAUAUGAAGGCAGGGGAGAUUUUUUUACCUCACGAGCACUUAAAUCUGGAUACCAUUCCUUAAAACUAAUCAGCAGGAUGUUUCAGCGGACAAAAGGACGUGAUUUUAAAUCCGCACAUAAUUCUCUAAUGAGAUUUGCUUUGCCACAGAAUGUGAUGGUUGCCCAUCAGCCUAGACCAGACGUUCUCAAACUUGAUUCCUUGGAUGGGCCAAUUUGGGGGGUAGGGGGAGGAUGGACCCAGAGGGUCUUGGCCAGAAUUUUUUUUGUUUGUUCUACAAAUCAAAGCACAUACAUAUUUUAAUAACUGCUGUCUUCCUGUUCUAAUGUGCUGGAUGAGGAAAAAUAGAAGUAUUUUUCUCCAGCUCAAGCAUCAUUAUUAGAACCAGCCCCAAAUUAUGAAAACCAUUGGGUCUUAAGCCAGGACCACCUUAGCUGGUUUGAUAAUCCAGCCCUGAUCAAAAAAACAUCCCUUAUUUCUACUGUCUGAAAAAAUAAUAAUUCGAGUCUAGAGCCAAGUAGAGAUAGUAUCAAUGGUUCUGAAACUUUCCAGCGGAUCACAGGCUGUUGCUCGCAAACCAGCCAGUUGUUCACAGUCCAUAGAACUUUUGACCUCAGAUGGCUUUAGCAAAGAAUUAGAUGCAGAAGGGAUGUUUGCAAUAGCUGGAUGGAGCUUCCACAUACAAAAGCUCCAUACCUGAGCAUCAGACGUUAAGGACAAAUAAGAGAGGAUGGGUACCCCCAACUGGCUGGCUGGCCGUAGACUAGAGUUCAAGGCAGGCUGUAGUUUAGUUCACCACAGCCCAGCAUUUUAUUUUAUUUUUCAAUGUUGCAGAAACAAUAGUUGCACAUACUGGGUUUGGGGGCACAUUUGGACGAAUAUUAACAAAAUUUAUAUAUGUCAAUUUUAAAUGCAUUUCUUAUUUGUGUUUUAUUUCCUGCAAAUAGCUUUGGGACGCCUCUGGAUGUGUGAAGCAACAUACAAAACAAUGAAUUAAACUAAUAUCUCAAACACACGGCUGCAGCUGCUUAACUUGAGAAAACCAGCCGCAGGCGUUCCAAUGGUCCAUGAGAUCUAGACACUUAAAAAUGCAGGAAUAAAACCAGCCCAUCUUUUAUUUGUAGCGGGUGUUCCACGCAUAGUGUGGAGGCUGGUGGGAGAAAGGUUUAAGGGCUUCUCCGCGCUGUGGUUUAAUACCUAUAGCAAGCUUCCUGUAUCUCCACUAAACUCUGCAUUGCCCAUGUGACAUUCUCCUCCUCCAAUUCACUGCUUCCAAACACUUUCCUUUCCCUCAGUCCGGAUUUUCUCAUCCGAGGGAUACUCUCAAAAGAGAGAGGGUAUGCUAAAAUCCGGACUGAGAGAAGGGAAAGUGUGGAGAGGUAGUGAUUUGGAAGACAGCACCGUGCAAACAAUGGAGAACCAAGGGAGGUACAAGAAGCUUACUGUCCACAUCAAACCACAGAAUGGAUGGCCCAUGAGUGAUGUGGGUGUGCAUGAGAUUUCUAUGUGGAGUUCAUGAAAUCUUAUAUUUCAACCUUUGCCUGUCCUGUUCAGUGUGGAAGCAACCCUCUCCCAGGCCUCACCAAGCAAGAAGAUUGCUGCGGCAGCAUCGGCACCUCCUGGGGGCAGAAUAAAUGCCACAAGUGCCCCCACUUGCAAUGUAAGUCUCUCUUGCCCCCCACUUCCAAGUUCUGCACCUCUUCCCUCUAACCUAGAAACUUUGCAGGGAGCGGGGGGAUGAUUAAAAAUGUUGGAUAGCGACCAGAGAGCAGGGGUCGGAGGAAGGGUGGGGGGGCCGCCUGGGUGUCACCACUGGGGUGUGUGUGAUCAAAUGGUAGGCGGCACUCACCGUGGGGCCUGCAGUGUGCCCGAGCCAUACGUCUCUCCUGGGAGUGACGUAGUGGUUUAGGCGCCCGCAGGCUCCACACUGCCCCAAACGGUCCACCCACCGCCUCUCCCUCAGCUGUAGGGUGGCUGAGUGGAAGGAGGCCCUGCAGAGUGUCCUGCCCCAGCUUGCCCCGCCCCUGGGCGCAGGGCAUGCGUGCUGCCCCAGGCACUAAUUUGGCUUGCUCUGCCGCUGCCUGGGAGACAAGUGUUCCCAUAUCCACAAAGCUGUGAAGCUUGCUGGGUGAUCCGGGUCUAGUUACUGUCUCUCAGCCUUACUUACCUCAUAGGACCCUUGUGAGGAUAAAAUGGGGUUGGGGACAGCCAUGUGCUGUCGUUUUAGGUUGCAUCCUGUUUGCAGCUUCUCCUUCCUCUCCCCACUCUUGCGCCUCAAAAUGAGAAUCACACCGAAUCACAGACUUGUUGGAAGGGUCCAAGAGGGUCAUUUAGUCCAACUCCCUGCAAUGCAGGAAUCUUUCACCUAAUGUGGGGCUCAAAUCCAGGACCCUGAGAUUAAUCACCUUGAAUCUAUCCUCUGGAAAGCAAAGGAGCAACCAUGGCUGCCUUUGCCUUCUCUAGAUUAGUUAGAACUAGAAAACUUUCUAUCCAAAUGGUGUAUUCCCUAUUGUAAACAACACUAUUAUUUUCUUACCCUACAAGCAUCUCCCUGCAUUUAAUUGCAACAGGUAAGUCUAGCCAAAUUCACAAGCCAUACUCUGCAUGCUUUGCAUACUAGCACUCUCGAUAUUAGGAGCGGAAUAUGUGCUUUGAAUGCAGAAGGUCCCACAUUCAAAUCCCAGUUAAAAAAUAGAUCAGGUAGCAGGAAAACUCUUCUGUGACUGAGACCCUAGAGAACUGCUGCCUGUCCAAGGAGACAGUGCUGGAUGGAAGUUGGCUGUCUGAGACGGUGUUCCAGAGAAGGGGCUGUAGCUCAGUGGUCAAAAAUCUCCUUUGCAUGCCUAAGCUUUCCGCCACAAUCUCCGACGCUGUUUAUUUUCUGAGGUGUUGCCAGACAGAGCAGACCGUAGUGGGCAUGAUGGACAAAAAAGCUGUAAAAGGCAGCUUCUUGCGUCCCCUAUAAAACCGGAGAAGAGUUUCCCAUUCCUGCAUCUGCCAGCCAGGAAGAAGCUGCACCUGCUGCAUUUCUGCCUGUCUUGCAGUUUAAAUACAUAAACACACUGUGAGGGAAGCUGAGGUUUUUGUUUUUGUUUAAAGAGAGCUUUCGGUUGCAUUUUCACAACUGGCAAGGAAUGGCUGGGGAGGGACGAUGAGAGAGAUUUUGCCCCGUAUGUCUAGUGUCUUGCUUGCAAGGACAGGGGGGUGGCUGGCACUGGUUUGGGCGAGCCAAGCUCUCCCCCUCCUAGACCCUGCCUGAAUGGAUUUUCUAGCUUCAUGAAAUCAGCCGCGCAAGGGGCCGGAUCUGUUUGUGUUGGACGAGGCCUGGAAUGUGCUCAGGCUGUGGGCCCUCCCUCUUCCCUUCCAGCCCCAAGGCAGUAUGCAGGCCCCUCCGCUUCACUUUCCUGCAGCUGGCUGGCUGGCUUGGCAACUGCCCCCUUGGCAACCACAACUCGGCGCCCCUCCCUGCAAGGCUAAUGUUUAAAAGAUGAUGUCCAAAAUGGCAAGGAAGGGGACGUUUCGCUGGGCUUCUCAGAUUAUGCACCAUGCCAUCGUUGGCACAGAAGCAAAUGGGGAAGGGUUGUAGCUUGGUGGCAGAACACCUGCUUUGCUUGCAGAAGGUCUCGGGUUCAGUCCCUGAGGGCAUCUCCCAGUAUGCCUAGCAGAGACUUCUGUCUGAAACCCUGGGCAGCCACUGUCAAUCAGUGUGGGCAGUUCAGAGUGAGAGGGACCAGAGUUCUCUGAGUCAAUAGAAGGCAGCUUUCUAGGAGUUCUUAUUGCCAUUUCAAGCAUUCAGGCCAGGCAGACCAGGGCUUUUUGUAUUGCUCAUGUUUUGACCCCUGCAGGAUUUUGAUGCUUUCUUUUGGGAGCCUGCACUGAAGUGGGGUUACUUUAAAGAUGCAUUGUAGUUGCGAUAGCCUUCUGGGAUUCUGCACAGACUGGCUGCCGUCGUAUACAUUUUCACCUGGGAGCAAGCCCCAUUGAGUUCUGAGUAAUGUAUAGGACUUCACUGUUUGCUGCUCUCCCCAUGAGAUUAAAUGUGCUUAGAAUUGGCCUUCUGAAGGGCCUUUAUUUAUUUAUUUAUUUAUUUAUUGGUUCCUUUUAAAUAGAAAAGAGCUGUUCAACAGUGGAACAGACUCCCUCGGGAGAUCAUGGACUCUCCUUCAUUAGAGGUUUCUAAGCAGAGGUCGGGUGGCCAUCUGUCAGGGAUUCCUGGAUUGCAGAGGGUUGGACUAGAUGACCCCUGGGGUACCCGCCAACUCUGUUAUUCCAUUAUUCUCUGACCCCAACUGCCUGGUUGUUUGCCUGCUCCCUGGUGUUUGGCAUAAAAUAUCUAUAAAUAAAUAUUUCAGAAUAUCAGAAUCAGUCCUGUUGCUUUGAGAUCAUAGGCUGCCUUUGGCAAUCCCCAUCACUCGAGGAUGGGAGCUGCUGUACAUAUGUGUGAUGUUCAUUAAAUGCAUGCAUUUUUCCUCUUUCAGACUUGGGAGUGCAGAAAACGCUGGGGAGUGACUGCCCACAGGGAUACAAGCGACUGAACAGCAGCCAUUGCCAAGGUAUAAAAUUGGGGUAGAGACUGAGAGAUGGAAUGUACCACUGGGGGGGGGCGGGUCCUCUUUGCUUUUGAGAAUUGUGAUCUAGUAUUAGGCCACAUUCACACCACACAUUGAAAACACCAUGGUACCACUUAAAGGCUCCCCCCAAAUAAUCAUGGGAACUGUAGUUUGUUAAGGGUGUUAAGAGUUGUUAGGAGGUCCCUAUUCCCCUCCCACAGAACUACAGUUCCCAACGUGGUUUAACAAUCAAUCCCUCUUCCCAGGGAACUCUAGGAAUAGGGACCUCCUAACCACUCUCCUGGGGACGCGGGUGGCGCUGUUGGUUAAACCACAGAGCCUAGGACUUGUCGAUCAGAAGGUUGGCGGUUCGAAUCCCCAUGAUGGGGUGAGCUCCUGUUGCUCAGUCCCUGCUCCUGCCAACCCAGCAGUUCGAAAGCACAUCAAAGUGCAAGUAGAUAAAUAGGUUCUGCUCCGGCGGGAAGGUAAACAGCAUUUCUGUGCGCUGCUCUGGUUUUGCCAGAAGCAGCUUAGUCAUGCUGGCCACAUGACCUGGAAGCUGUACGCCGGCUCCCUCGGCCAAUAAAGCGAGAUGAGCGCCGCAACCCCAGAGUCGGUUACGACUGGACCUAAUGGUCAGGGGUCCCUUUACCUUUACCUUUAACCACUCUCCACACCCUUAACAAACUACAGCUCCCAGAAUUCUUUGGGGGAAGCCAUGGCUGUUUAAAGUGGUAUCGUAGUACUUUAAAUAUAUGGUGUGAAUGUGGACCAAGGUUGACCGAUCCAGCUGAAAGCUUGGGCCAUGGUUCUGUCGUCCAGGGGGAGGAAAAAACUUAAAACACAAUGCAAAGUUUCCAAAAAAUAGAUCAGAGGCAAUUGUACUUCUUCCAGCAGAGCUUUACUACUACUGAAGGCAAAUGAGCAUAAUGGUCACAAAUCCAAUACAUUCAGGAUUGGCACAGUCCAGAAGAAAUCCAGUUGCAGCAGACUUAACUUAAAACUUACAAUAGUUAUAACAAGUCUAAAACUUAACACUUAGCAUACUAUGUACAGAACACCAUAGCAGGAAGAAGAGAGAUAGGAAGAGACAGUGAAACUCAGGCUCCUUCUGGCCUUACUUAUAUAGUCAGCAUGACAGAAGAGAGAAGAGAACCAGUUUAAGCCAGCUGUACUUAGCUUCUCUGAAGGAAUAACCCAAACAUCAUGAAGCUUUUUUCACACAGAGAAGCUUCCAGAAACUUCCAGAACCCCCUUGAAUAAAUUAAGAGUAGGAAAGAUCUCUACACAUCAGACCAAUACUUUCUGCCCUAAGAAAUGCAGACUGACAGGUUCGACUCAAAACAGUGAAGAUUUUAUGCCAGCCUUGACUCAAUCAUCUGUAAAUGGAGCAUAACAGCCCCAAUACUCUGGGAUAAACCUACAAGGUGCCUUCUCUUUCACCAAUGGAACACAGAGCCCGGUCCAUUGGGAGGUUCUCCCGCACAAGCCCAUUGAAAUGAAUGCACCAAGAGGCAAGGGCACCAAGAUUCACCCGAAGAGUGUAUGUUCGCUUGUUCCCAAUAACGGAGACAAAAGGCAGCUUUGGAGAUUGCUCUGCGUUUCCCUCACCUGCCCCCACCACUGCAACUGCCCUGUGUCUCUUCCUCCCACAGACAUCAAUGAGUGUGCCAUGCAAGGAGUCUGCCAGGGGGGCGAAUGCUUGAACACCCAAGGGAGCUUCCGCUGCGCAUGCAAGCCAGGACAUGUCCUGGGGCCUUCGCGGACCCAUUGUGUGCGUACGUAUCUUGGUUGGGGAGGUGGGAAGAUCUCUCCUAUCUAACCAACCCAGCCUCUCUCUGCUCCUUCCCUCCCCAAAGAAUAUAAUCCUUAUCACAUGGGUCUUAAGUCCUUUCUGCACAUUGUCUGGCCCACAGCUGACGAUAAGCAAAUGUCAAUACUGACAGCCACCAUAUUAAAGUACUGGUAGCUGGGACCAUGGAAGUACAAGAUUCAGGGGCUGGUGCAGAUAAAGGAGUUAGUCUGAGUCAGGGCAGGUACUUGUGGGUCUUUCAGCACCAUGGCUCAACUCUGCACUCUGCGCAUGAUCAGAGUUUUUUCUGCCAGUGCUGUUGCUAUUUUCUUUAUCGUCAUCAAUUGCUUGUCCUAGUAAGAGUCUUCCUGAUCAGGGUUCCAGCCAGACAUAUUCUACAGCUCAAGGGGAACACAUAACUGGCUACCCUCCAGUUUCGCUUUCCUCACACAAGAUUUUCUGGCUCCUGGAGGCCAGUGAGCAUGCUCAGUCCUCUUUGGGCUUCUGCUUGGGCUUUCUGCCCCCUCUUAAGUCUUUCCACCCACUUUUAUAUUUUGUACUUCUGCAAACCUCCAGCUUCCUCUGAACACGCUGAUACCUCCCUGUAGUUUCUCAGUGAACUGGCCUCGUUUUUUUAUUGGCACUCGUCACCUGAGUUUGCUGUGAGAAGGAAGUGAUGGAAUGCUUCACCCAUUCCUUGGUACAGGGACUUGUGACGAUGGCAGUGCUGUGGACACCAAACUGUCUUUUUGUCUAUUAUAGAGGAGACUCCUCAGCUGCUGUGGUUGACACCAUACUGAUAAAGCACAUUGCUUCCCCCUAAGAAUCCUGGGAACUGUAGUUUAGCUCUGUGAGGGGGGGAAAUGACAGUUCCUAGGAUUCUUUGGGGCAGCCAUGUUCUUUAAAUGUAUCAUGUGGGUGCUUCUGUCUUUCUGCUGACUCUAUACCUUGUAGUGGGAUUUAGUGGCCAGGCUUUCUGUGGCCAGGUUUAUUUUGUGUUUUUAUUUUAUGCAUCAUAUUUUUAAUCCUGUGCUUUGGCCCAGGGAGUUUGGGGCAGCAUACUAGGCUUUCCCCCUCCCAGUCCUGUUUUAUCCACAAAACAACCCUGUGAGGUAGGCUAGGCCAAAAGAAAGAGACAGGCCAAGAAUUCCACCUUCCAUUGCAGCAACACAACAGCCCUGUGAUGUAGGUUAGGCUGAGAGGAAGAGGUGGCCAAGAUUUCCCCCGUUACCUUUUAACCCCAUAACGCUCCUGUGAGGUAAGUUAGAUGGAGAGAAAGAGACUGACCAAGAAUAUCCCCCUUUUCCAUUUUUAGCCACACAACAACCCUGUGAGGUAGGCUAGGCUGAAAGAGAGGAACUAGCAUACAGUCGUUGAGUGAGUUUACCAGGCCAGUGGGUUUUUGAAACUGGGUCUCUUAAUCGUUGUCCUUGUUUUCUCUUGUGACCCCCUAACCUCUCUCUCUCUCUCUCUCUUUCUCCUUCUCUUUGUGGGGGACGACGAUAGCGGAGAAGGCUGGGGAGAAGAGUUUGUGCUUCCGACUGGUGAGCCCUGAGCACCAUUGCCAGCACCCGCUGCCCACCAAGCUCACCCGCCAGACCUGCUGCUGUAGCGUGGGCAAGGCCUGGGGGGCGCGUUGUGAGCGCUGCCCAGCCGACGGAACCGGUAAAUAGAAGAGGUCUUUUCCCUCUCCCCCAUUUCCUCCUGUGUUCUGCCACACCUGGACCAGACGUUCCCCACCCCUGUUUGUACAAAAUCAUUUUUGUUUUCCCUGGGCAUUUGGAAAACACCAAAGACAUGCUAUUGUACUGUUCAGUCUGUUUUUUAAUGUUUUAUUUACUUAUCUUUUAAUAUGUUUUUAUUGAUUCUCCAUAAGUACAUUCAGUGCAAACAGAAAUGUCUUCAAAUUUAUUCUGAUAGUUAAUAAUGAUGGGGACAGGUGUACAUCACUAGGAAGGGUAUUCCACAACUAGGGAGCCACCACUGAAAAGGCCCUGUCACAGGCCAGCGCCAACUGGGCAGCCCUUGGCAGUGGUGCCACCAACAAGGCCUCACCUGCCAAUUGUAGGGUCAUGCCACUGUUUGUGUGACCAAUUUUCUGUCUCUCUUUUUCCACCCGGACAGCUUCUUUCAGAGAGAUCUGCCCUGCAGGAAAAGGCUACCAUAUCCUUACCUCACACCAGACUCUGACGAUCCAAGGCGAGAGCGAUUUCACACUCCAGAUCCACCCAGAUGGCAACACAGACCUGCAGCAACAACCACCCGUGGAGCCGCCCACCCGCCCACCUGUGGGCAGCGACUCGCAGGAGCCAGAAGGUCGGUUCCCAAAUGGGUGGGCAGGCAAGCCGAAAGCUUCCUGAAGUUGUGGGGCAAGUGGAUUUCUUCCACUUGCAUCUUUGAGUUCUUUCCCCCUCAUAGUAUGGAAUGAAACAUCUGCUUCUUAAACUUUGGAAGGUUGGAGGGCUAUAAAGUUGAAUGAAGUACCGGGUGUGUGUUUAUUACAGAGGCUGUGAUCCGCAUUUUUACUCCCCCAUUGCCUAGAGCAGGCUUCCCCAAGCUGGUGCCCUCCAGAUGUUGGUGGGCUAUAAUUCCCAUCAGCCCAAACCAUUGGCCUUGCUGGCUUGGGCUUAUGGAGUCCAGUAACAUCUGGAGGGACUACCCACCCUGUUUUAACAAAAGCCAGUUAAAACAAAGCAGGAUCGAACCCCGACUUCAGGUCCUGACUUGUUAAAUGACUUUGGUUAGGGCAAACCACAGUUCCCUGGGUUUCUAUAUAAUGUAAUGCUGUGACUUCUUCCAUAGUAAAAGUGGGAGCUGUCACUCUUCUCAUCUCACAAUAAAGAUGAAGGAAAUAGGAGAAGGGGUGUCACCACCCCACCCUCAAUGAUUGGCCAUGCUAGCUGGGGCCGAUGGGAGGUUGGAGUAUAAUAACAUCUGGAGGGCACCAGGUUGGGGAUACCUGUUCUAGAAUGUGUGUGUUUACGUGUGUGAUAUUUCCUGGGAGUAGGGGUGGUGAUGGAGGAGGGCUGCAUUAAACUCUACCCAUUUCUGCCUCCAUGUCAGUGCAGCUGCAGUGGGGUCUGUCUGUCUGAACUUUCUUUAAAACCUCUAACCUAUUUCUUCCUUUAUUUGUAUCUUGCAGUCAUAACUCCAGCUAUGGUAAGUGUCAGCUGCAUUGCUGCACCGUGAAGGAGUCGGUGGCGAUCUCUAGUAAGAUGAGGCGGAAAAGAAGUUAACUGGCUGUGAUUUUUUAAAAUUAUAUGAUUUAUUAUUACAACGAUAAGGCCACUCUCUCUCUGAGGAGCUCAAGGUGGUCGACCCUGGUCUCCCACAAGCCCUAGUCUGUCACUCUUAACUGCUGCACCAUGCUGGUUCUCUAAAGGCAGUCUAAUGCCAAACUUGUCACUUAUUCAGAUGUGACCGUCAGUCAGUAGAGCAUCACAGGGUUGUGGGUUCGAGCCCCACGCUGGGCAAAAAGAUCCCUGCAUUGCUGGGGAGGAUUGACUAGGUGACUCUUGUGAUGACUCUACAAUUCUAUGAUUCUAUGACCCUUCUGGUAGUGGAAUCCUAGUACUUUCAGCAACCUAGAAAGUAUUGGGGUGUUGAAUCUGGGACAAAACCAUUCUGGUGACAAUGGCCUUUUCUGGUGUCAAUUUUCAAAUGACAUUAAAAAUAAGUGGCAAGCAGGCUGACCCUGCCAUCUGGGCAUAGUAAUUAGUACACAACAGACGUUUUUUCUGUGCAAGCAAUGGGAAGCCGGGCAAGAAUGGAAUUGCUGAUUUCAGUGGGGCUUACUCAGGGGAACUGCCCACUGGAUUGGGCCCCAUUUUUAUAUUUAAUAGGAAGUGGAGGCACCUUAGGCUUUCAAGCCACAUUAUUUGUGCCAGUCAUGGUGGGUUCCAGAUGAACUGUUUAUCGAGCAUUCCUUCCAAUUUGCUAGCACAGAGUGUAUGUGGAAGAUACCCGGCGCCUGCUCUUUACUGAACAUUUGUGCCGAUUUGUUCGCGGAGUGUACAACAACUGAGCAUUCAGCCUUAUUUGUUUAUAUGGAGGUGAAGCACCAGAGGUGUGGGGAUCCUCCAGCCUGCAGGCCGAAUUUGGCCCAUACCGCCACUUUUUCUAAACCACUCCCACCUGCCUAUCAGUGAGCAUUGCUCUUGACAACAGCUGAUGGGCAGGAGGGCGAGGUUCGAUUCUGCUUUGGCUGUGCAGGUGUUCCCAGUAGGGAUCAGACGCUUGCAGCCAAAGCAGCAGCAGGAUUUAACUCCCCGACACAUCAGCUGAUGGAGGGAGAGAGAGAGAGAGAGAGAGAGAGAGAGAGAGAGAAUUAAAUCUUACUCAGUUUGGCUGCACACUCCUCUUCCCACCUGUGAUGGGACAUCCCAACCAUCAAUUGUGUGACAUCAUAAUGAUGCCAUGUGAUUGGCAGAUGGCUUGUCCUGUCCACCUGCCAAUGUUUGCCUUGUGGGGUGGGGAGAUAGAAAGAUCUGGCCCCCCAGCCAAAAUUGUUUCCUACCCCUGUUAUACACCUUGUAAGUCUACCAUUUAUCCCACAUUUCCCUGUGCGUUUCUUCUUUCAUUCCCCUAACUGCAGAAACUCCUUUUUUAAAAAAACAAAGUGGGUUUGUUGCACCAGAGUUGCACAAACCUAAAGUUCUAGUCCUGUGACGGAAUCCCUCCUGCAAAGUAGGGAAAGAGCGGAGUGAGGAGGGAGUGUAGCUCAGUGGCUAGAGUACCUGCUGGGUAUGCAGAAGGUCCCAGGUUCAAUCCCCAAAGAUACCUGCAACAAAAAAGGAUCAGGUUGAGGGGGUGGGAACAGAGGCAGGUUUAGGGCAGCACGAGCAGGGCGGUUGCACUGGGCGAGCAGCCAAGGAGAGCACCUUCCCAAAACCCAGUAAGCACUUGCCUGGCUUCAGGAAGGAGGCGUGAGGGCUUUGACAGGGUUCCUAGACUCCUCCUGUUUCCUUUCCAAAGCUGGGCAAGCAUUUACCAGGCUUUGGGAAAGAGGCAGGAGGGUUCUAGGACUCUUCCAGAGCCUUGUGCUUCCUUCCCAAAGCCCACCUUAAGCGAGGGCUGGGGGGGGGGAUAUAAUGUUGGCCUCGCACAGAGCAAUAUAUUGCUAAGGUCUGCCCUUGGCAAGCUGCUGCCAGUCAGUGCAGACAAUACUGGGUUAGAUGGGUAAGCAGGCCAGCCUCAUCCACAGCCGCUUCCUAUGUGACCACGGGGCUAGCCACAUACAAAUCUGCCUUGGCCUGUAAUGUUGUCCCUUUCUUUCAUCACUUGACCCUCCACCCCCCAAAAAACCAUUUCCAGUUGCCCAGCUAUGUGACAACCUCGGAGCAGCAGCCUGUCUUCUUCGCCAACACCCCCACCUUCGGUCCCCGUUACCCUGGUGAGUGUGAGCAGGAAUUUCAUUGGCCUGGGGCCCUGGUGUGUGAGAAGUCUCUCUGCAAAACUCUCCCCCCACCCUCCAUCCUGCGCUCAGAGGCACUGCUGCCCAGGAGCCCGGCAGUGCCAUGUUCGUAGCCUACAACCGUUUCUCUCUUUCGGCUCACAGCUGUGAUCGCCAAGCCUACGACCGCCGUCGUGGUGAAAUAUCCCGAAGAGGACAAGAACGUCAGUGAAUUUGACAUGCCCCCCACACAGGUGACAGGUGAGCUCGGCAGAAGAAGAUAAGAAGAACGGGUUGGAUGUGAGCCCAGCAUCCUGCUCUUUCAGGGACCAACUAGAUUCUCAGGGGAAACCUGUAAGCAGGGCUGGAGUGCAACACCCACUGUCCCCACCUGUCUUUUCCAGCAACCGGUGGGUGGACGCAGGUGGCGCUGUGGUCUGAACCACUGAGCCUCUUGAGCUUGCCGAUCGGAAGGUCGGCAGUUCGAUUCCACAAACUGAGCUCCCAUUGUUCUGUUCCAGCUCCUGCCAACCUAGCAGUUUGAAAGCAUAGCAGCACAAGUAGAUAAAUAGGUAUCACUGUGAUGGGAAGGUAAACAGCUUUUCCGUGAACUCUGGCUUCUGUCACGGUGUCCCAUUGCACCAGAAGCAAUUUAGUCCUGCUGGCCACAUGACCCAGAAAGCUGUCUGUGGACAAACGCCGGCUCCCUCGGCCUGAAAGCAAAAUGAGCACCACAUCCCCAUAGUCGCCUUUGACAGGACUUAACCAUCCAGGGGUCCUUUACCUUUUAAAAAUAAUAAUGAUAAUAAUAAUAAUAAUAAUAAUAAUAAUAAUAAUAAUAAUAAUAAUUUAUACCCCACGCAUCUGGCUGGGUUUCCCCAGCCACUCUGGGCAGCUUCCAACAAAGUAUUAAAAUACAAUGGUCUGUUAAACAUUAAAAGCUUCCCUAAACAGGGCUGCCUUCAGAUGUCUUCUAAAAGUCUGGUAGUUGUUCUUCUCUUUGACAUCUGGUGGGAGGGCGUUCCACAGGGUGGGUGCCACUACCGAGAAGGCCCUCCCACCAGAUUCAGUGAGGUGACAGUUCAGUAGGGGGUGUUUCCCACUGAAGCAUCUAGUUGGCCACUGCGGAAAACAAGAUGCUGACCUUUGGUCUGGUCCAGCCACUACCCCCCUCUUAGGUCUCUUUUAAUGUAAGCCACUUGUAGGGAGUUAAUGUGGAGGGUAUAAGUAACAGGAACAUGGUGAUGGUGAUAUGAUAAGGGCCUCCCAUGUUUUAAAGCAUAUUUGUUUUCCCGUAUCUCUCUCUCCCCGCACCCUGUAGAGACGGACAUUUGUAAACUGAGACGCAAUAUUUGCGGCCACGGCGAGUGCAUCCCUGCAAGCCCUGGCUACACCUGCCAUUGUUACCAAGGAUACCGCAGGCAUCCCCAGCACAGGUAUUGUGUAGGUAAGGGGCAUUUUUCCUCAAAUGCACGCACAUCCCUUUUCCCACUCCCCGACAAGUUUGCUGCUUGGGAAAACCUUGCACCACUCAAUUGCCCUUCCUCCGCCUUCCUCUCUCUUCCCCCCCCCCACUCUCUUCUCCCCAGAUGUGAAUGAGUGUGAGCUGGAUCCUUGCGGCGGCAGCGGGAAGGGCGUUUGCAUGAACACCGGCGGCUCCUACAACUGCCACUGCAACCGUGGCUACCAGCUGAAGGUCCACAAGGGAGUGCGGUCCUGCGUGGGUGAGACACUUGUGGGUCCUGGGGAUGGUGAGAGGUUCCAGGGCCCGCCCUCCGCCCCACUCAUGGCACCCCCCCCACUUCCCCCUUUCCAGAUAUUGAUGAAUGUGCCAAGCCCAAAGUCUGUGGGGACGGAGGAUCCUGCAUCAAUUUCCCGGGACACUACAAGUGCGAGUGCCAUGCAGGCUACCGGCUCAAGCCCUCCCGCCAGCUCCUCUGUGAAGGUACAAUGGGUGGGGUUAAGAGGUGGGGGGUAGGGGUGGCAAGCACUGCAGAAAUAAGGUUGCGUUUUGAUUCAGUGUUUAGUCCUGGGAAAUAAAAUGGGGGGGGGGGUUAUGAUAGCGUAACUGUCAUCUACUGGUUGCAUGCAGAGGAAUUGUGGGAGGCACCAACAGUCUGUCUGUCCCCCACCCAGCAAACACCCUGGAGGAAAUGGCUCAGAGACAGGGGACUGGUGGUGGGACACUGAGGAGAGGUCAGAGGUAGCAGACUGGGAGGAGUCAGAAGCUGAAGAGGCAACAGGGUUUAGUGAACAGGAAAAUGCUGUGGCAGAGAGCAGAUGAGGUAGGCUGUGCAAGAGUCCAGGGAGUCUCCCCCUCCUGCUGGGACCAGCUCCCUCCCCUCUGGUCUCUGAGCACACACAGAGAAAUGAGAAGAGCAGGACAAAGAUUAGCAGCUUGAGACUGGGGGGGGGGGGCUGGAGAAGAGGAGCCUUAGAGAGGGGUGGGAAGGCUGAGGAGGCUGACUUCCGCGGAAUUAUUUAAGUCUUUCUGUAGGUUUCCAUUUGGUGGGACUGGUGUAGACAGUAUCUUGGUUGCAAGGCAAUUUAGAGCCAAAGCAUAGGCCUGGGUUCACUUUGUUGAACCAGGCAGAGGGCCUUCUCGGUAGUGGCGCCCGCCCUGUGGAACGCCCUCCCUUCACAUGUCAAGGAAAUAAACAGCUAUCUGACUUUUAGAAGACAUCUGUUUAGGGAAGUUUUUAAUGUUUGAUGUUGUCGCUUUUUUAUUAUUGUUAUUGGUGUUCUGUUGGGAGCUGCCCAGAGUGGCUGGGGAAACCCAGCCAGAUGUGUGGCGUAUAAAUAAUAAAUUAUUAUUAUAUUAUUCUGCCCUCUUAAUUGCUUCUCACCGCUUCCAGUUUCCCUCUGGUGUCCCUUCUUUCCUUGCAAUCUUGUUUUUGAUUACAACCAUCAUUCCCACCUCAUUAUGGUGGACUAACAUGGAAAAUUGCAUUACCCAAAAAACUUACCUGGUACCCUUGUUUUCUGAAAGGAAGAACAAAGGCUACCUCUUUUGUCUCUCAUUUUGGAGGAAUUUUACGGAACAAAACAAAAACAAAAACUUUACAUUUGCCUCUUCCACAAGCCUCUCAAUAAAUUUGGGAUAAGUAACAUCUAACUGGUUGAAAUUUUUCCUUGACUUAAUAUACAGCUUUUUAUUAUUGGAACUCAGCUUCAUUAGUAAAAAAGAAAGUUAUAAAUGUGUUGUAACAUUGUGGCACCAGAUGGCGCUGUAGAGCUGGAAUCAGAACUGAAUGAAAUUUUCCAUGUUGAGCUAUAAAAUGGUUUGUAAAAAAUCAUUUUCAGAGCUGCAUUUUUUCAUAGCUGUGUAGAUGCAGCCUUGGUACUCCUUGUUUCUCAAAUGGUUUCAGCUAGGGGUUUAUUCUGCAUCUCUUGUAAGUCAUCUGCGUCACACUUCUCGCUCCUUCCUUUCUUAUGGUGAUGGUACUCUCGACUUACCUGUCUGUACAGCAUCUUGUGGCAAGCAUCUAAGAUAAUCAGCUUUAUUGUUUCUGCUUGUUAACGUAACUUCUCUUGCCAACCUGGGUUUGGUUGGGUUGAGUUUUUAUGGGUUUGUCUCAUGAACCUCUGUUUUGUUAUUUGGGCUACACUGAUAAGUUAAAAAAUAAAAAUCCACAAACAAACAAAUAAACCCCGUUUCCUUUCCAGAUAUUGAUGAGUGCCUUGACCCUGGAACUUGCCCCGACGGGAAGUGUGAAAACCGUCCCGGCAGCUACAAAUGCAGCCCCUGCCCGCCAGGCUUCCGGGGUCGAAAUGGUGUGUGUGGAGGUAAGAAGCAAGGCCUGAGCCCUGCCUUAAGGCUUUGCUGGGCUCAGCCUCUUUUUAUCAUGGGCAGGCCAGCCCUGGUUUGGAAACCUUGCUGCUGAUUUCCCCCUGCUUUAUUUUUGAUGCUGUUGCCAUGACGAGAAUCCGUAUAUUUUAUCAUGUAGUUCAUAGUAUUAUAAUUGCAUUUGUAUAAUCAUUUAGAUUUUUACGUUGGAUAGAUAUUAGGGUGGGGCGAUAUCAGGGCAAUAUAUCACCAGCUAAACAUCCCAAUAUACCAAUAUAUCACAAUGUCUGAAAUAAGGAUGGAGCUAUGUAGAGGCAUGGGCUGGCUUCCUUUUUAUUUCCUGCAUUGUGAUUUUUGCAUAGCGCGCGCACACACACACACACACACACACACACACACACCAGGUCAGAAGUUACGAAACCGAUAUAAUGAUAUGGCAUAGCUGUCAACUUUUCCCUUUUCUUGCGAGGAAUCCUAUUCGGAAUAAGGGAAUUUCCCUUAAAAACCGGGAAAAGUUGACAGCCAUGUGAUAUGGGCUUGAAACCAGUUUUGGACGAUCUGUCGUUCAGCCCUAGAUCCUGUGAAGUGACAUUUGUGCUGUAAACUGCCUUUUUAUCAGGCUUCAGGGACUCGGCUUUCUCCCCUCUUCGGCAGUAGAUAAGCAGAACAAAGCGAAAGGAGUCUCUUACCAGUUAGAGAUUUUAAUGAUCACAGUGAGAGAACCAAGAAUCCAUUCCUAGGAAUGAAGGUGCUCCCAAUUAACGGUUCCACCCACUUCCCCACUAGUCACUCACAUCACUACCGCAUCUUGCAACCUGAUCUCACAACCACUGUGCUUUCUGUGCUGCCACCUUAUCUGCUCUCCUUGACCUUGCGCUGAGCGGAUGGACACCUUUCAGUUAAAGGGCGUCUGUUAACUCUCUCUCUCCCAGUUCUUCUUCUCCUAGCUCUUCACCACCCAGUACUUCACAACUUCUGUCUUCUGAACUAUGUCCCUCUGCAAACCACUGUUCCAAAUCUAUACUGUCCCACUGCUCCUGGAAAGAUUCAGGAUCCUGAUCAGGAGCAGGGGUAGGUUCCCACCAUUCCUCCUCAGUGCAGCCCUCCUCAGCACAGUCCCUGACACUUUUGGUCUUCUGAAGAAAGGUGGUGUAUAAAAGACAUAAAUAAUCAGACUAAAGAAGCACCAUUCCGUCCUCACAAAGCCCUCCAGCAGAGCUCUCCUUCCGUUGCUCAGGGCACAAGGAGUGAAGCUCCCUGGGUUACUCUCCCCGCAGAUGUGAAUGAAUGUGCCGAGAGCACGCUCUGUAAACACGGCCGGUGUAAGAAUGUUGAUGGCUCCUUCCUCUGCAUCUGUGACGACGGAUUUGUCCCUGCACCCGAUUCCCACAGCUGUCUUGGUAAUUCCCCACACCUCCCUGGUGCACGGAGCUUCCUGGUGGGAGGGAACCUGUACAGGCUGGUUUCUGUGAUGUCACAGCAGCACAGCCAAUGACAAGGGGGAGGCCAAGAUGGUCACCCAAGCAGAUUUAGUGCCACAAAUCUUGGGUCCCACCCUAAUGAUCUGUUCACAGAGCACCAUUUUUGAAUAGCCCAGGAAUUCUCAUAGAUGUCUAAUGAAGCAGAAUACUGGGAGAUUCAGGACAGUUUAAAAAAGUCCGUCUUCACACAGACUGUGGAACUCACUUCCACCGGAGACAGUGAUGGCCAACAGCUUGGAUGGCUUUAAAAGAGGAUUGGACAAAUUCAAGGAUUUCACCAGCUAAUAACCACAACAGCUAUUCUUGCCACAGUCAGAGGCAGUAGUGCUUUUGAAUACCAGCUGCUAGAAACCACAGGAGGGGAGAGGGAUCACAGGGUGGUUCAUAACAUAGACCUCUAGUUCGAACCUCUUGUCAGCCAUGAAACUCAGUUUGUAACCUUGGGCCAGUCACUAUUUCUCAGCCUAGCCAACUUCACAGGGCUGUUGUGAGAAUAAGGUGGAGGGAGAAGCAGGGGAACCAUGUAUGCUUCCCUUGGCUACAGGGUGGGUGGGAUAAAAAAUGUCAUAAAAGCAAUGUUCCUGUCCAGGAAAGGACAUCCUUCCAAUCUUGACUAGGCCAGAGAUGGGGAAUCAUUGGCACUCCCAGGUAUUGUUGGACUACAACUUCCUUCAUCCCUAAGAACACUGGGCUGAUGGGAGUUGUAGUCCCACAACAUCUGGAAGGCUGGGAGAAGGCUGAGCGAGGCGGAAACACCGAAGAAGUGGGCUGAUUUGUUUCUCUCCAUGCAGAUAUCAACGAAUGCGAGAAUGGGUCUCUCUGUACCUAUGGUUCCUGUGUGAACACCCUGGGAUCCUUCAAGUGCCAGUGCCCCGUGGGUUUCCAGGCUGUGAAGGAUGAGCCACGCUGUGAAGGUGAGAGCGGCCUGGGAUUUUGUUUUUGGCUUGGAUUAUUGGACUAGUUUUGGAUUCCACCUGCGACACUGAGGAGGAGCAUAAGGAAGUAGCUCCUUUGAGCUUGUGCAGAGUGCCUGAGGAGCUGAUGCUGUCCUCCCUGCAUCACAGGCUUGAGACCCUCCUCUCCCUCUGUUUUUAAACACAAUGAACCAUGCUUCUGAAAGUUAGAGAUGGGAUUCUUUGGCUGUGUAUUCCCUCCUGAGAACGAGGGGAGAGGUUUGCUUAUGAAGAGGUUUGCUUGUGUGUGCGUUUUUGUACUCUCCACUAAUGGCCAGCAGGACUGAGGCCCGGAAUGCAUGUUCAGUCCCGCAGGUCAGCCCUCAAGCACAAAAAGUAGUACUAGAGUAUUGCAGAUAUUAAUAUUGUGCAGCUUGAAGUGACUGGAUGCAUAAAAGCUGACUCCUUUUGGAAUGUAACAUUGUUGAGACCCAUCAGAUAUUAUUUUAAAACUUUGCUCGCACAACUUUCUUCAGAACAGGACAAAAACUUCAAAGAUGCAUGCAAACAAUUCCAGGCAAGAUCUUGUGCUGUCCAGCACAGGCUCAGCAUCUUAGAAAUAAAAGAUAAUUCCAAACAGGCCUAUAAGCAAAGGUCUCUCUCUCGCCUUACAGCCUCCAUUUUGUCUGGAGCUGUUUUCUCUUCAGGAGACUUUUUGACAUAUAUUUACUCCCAAAGAGCCUGGGAACUAACACUCCACCACCCUUCCAAGAUGGCAAAUUUGCAAUUCAACAGCUCACAUGUGAUAUAAAUUUAAACACCCCCAGUGUUAGCUAGCAGAGAACAACAACAGUUAAUUAUCAACUCAUCAAGGUGCUUUGAGAGCUUAGUACACUCCAGUGGAAUUUCCCCAUGUCAAACCUUUUCAGCAACACACAUUCUCUAUUUCAGUGUCAAUUAAACAAUUAUACUUAACACAGAGGCGAGAACAAUGCCGUUGAGCAGGUACCAUGCUCCUUUUCAUUCUGAGGAACCACAGCCAACCUCUUAGGCUUGGGACAAAGGGUGGGUUUUCCAGGUUUUCCAGGCAAGUACCUUCUCCUUUCCUCCUGUCCCUGCAGACCUGGAUGAGUGUGACUUCCCAGCAGCCUGUGUUGGUGGCGAGUGCCUGAACACCUUGGGCUCUUACCAGUGCCUGUGCCGGGCCGGCUACCAGUUGGAGGGUGGUCGGAAGUGCCAAGGUGAGUGAGGCAGUUCACCUUAUUGCAGAUAUUAAUACUGCAGAGCUUGAAGCAACUGGAUGCAUAAAAAAACUGACCCCUUUUGGAAUAAAACAAUGUUUAGACCCAUAAGUUUGAUUCAGGCUUUACUUGUGGAGCUUUCUUUGAAACAGAACAAAAACAUCAAAGAUACAUCCUGACAAUUUCAUGCAAAAACUUGUGCAUGUCCUGCACAGGCCCAACAUCUUAUAAGGAAUAAACAGACCUAGAAGCAAAGCUAGCUCUCUCUCUCUCUCUCUCUCUCUCUCUCUCUCUCACACACACACACACACACACACACACUCUUUACAGCCUUCAUUUUCCCUGGAGUUCUGUUCACUUUUGUAGAGGCCCAUUUACACCUCCUUUGUUCUCUCUGUGGCCUUCAGAGAAAGACUCACAUACAAAAAUAGAGACCCACAGCGUGACAUGUGCAUAGAGUUUAAUACUAUUUCUUUCAUGUGAUCUAAGCCAGGCAUAUGACAGAGAACAACAACAGUUACCAACUCAUCCAGGUGCUUAGAGAGCUCUUCUUUCGCUUCAGUGGAAUAUUCCAGUUGAACCCUUUCAGCAAUACACAUAGGCAUUCUCCAGUUCAGUGUGAAUUAAAUUAUUAUACUUACUUAACACACCUUGCCAACAGUGGGCUUGGAAUGGGGUGAGUGGGGGGGAAGCUGACUUCUGAGGCUCUAGGUUCUUGUGUCCCUGAGCAACUUAUGCCUGCAGCACCAACAUGCAUGGCGUUGCCUCCCCAGAUGUUGACGAGUGUGCGAAAGACCUUGACCUCUGCCAGCCACACGGGGCCUGCGAAAACACUGAGGGGUCCUUCGUGUGCGUCUGUGAUGAUGGAUUUGCUCCUUCUGAAGACCAACAGAGCUGCGAGGGUGAGCGUGGCACAUGAGGGGGAUGGCGAGAGCACUGGGGGUGGGGGGAGAGCUUUUUCUUUCGCCAAGUGCCUCAGUCACGGUGGGUGAGAAUCCGGCAGGCCUGAAAGAGGCGAUGAUUCUUUCUUGUGUGGAAGCGAGCGACUUUUCUCUCCCUCUCUUUCCCCUCAGAGCUGCCACACAACAAAAAGGAGUGCUACCUGAACUUUGACGACACCGUCUUCUGCGACAGUGUCCUCGCCACCAACAUUACCCGCCAGGAGUGCUGCUGCUCGCUUGGGGCAGGCUGGGGAGACCAUUGCGAAAUCUACCCUUGCCCUGUGCUCAAUUCUAGUAAGUCUGAGGGGACAGCUGCAUAGAGGGUGUUUCGUUAAGAGAUCUUGAUAAGUGAUGGUGACAGCUCCUCCUGUCACCUUUGAAUACAGGGCAAGAACCAUAGCUCGGUGGUAGAGCAGGACUUUGCAGGUCUGCGAAAGACUCCCACUAUGAAAGUCUGGAGAGCUGCUGCCAGUCAGUGUAGACCAGGCAUGGCCAAACUUGGCCCUCCAGCUGUUUUGGGACUACAACUCCCAUCAUCCCUAGCUAACAGGACCAAUGGUCAGGAAUGAUGGGAAUUGUAGUCCGAAAACAGCUGGAGGGCCAAGUUUGGCCAUGCCUGGUGUAGACAAUACUGAGCUAAAAGGACCAGAAUUUGUAUGAGGCAGCCUUUAUACUUCUCCAUUUCCUUGUACUGUUCCUCAGCAGACCAGCUUUUAGGGGAGAAGGGUUCCCUUAGCUCAGUGUUGGGGUAUCCACUUCAGCUGCAGAAGACCCCCAACAUCUCCAGGGAAAAGCAUUAGGUAGCAGCAGCUCUUGGGAACGACUCUGUUUUUCCCCUUUUCUUUCUUUUGUAAAGUACAGCAGUUAUAACAGCAGGUGAAAAUGAAAACAAAACCAUGCAAUAGGCACGUAGAAUAAGUGCAUAUGGAUUAAGUACCCAAGUCCAAGUCAUGAAAGAAAAAAGUUGUCUUCGCAUAAAUAAUAUUUGUGCUAUUCGAUACUCUCUUCUCUGCCCGACGCCUCCCUCUCGGAGCAGACAGUGCUGUGCUUGAAGGAGAAAUAGUGCAAAAUAGGCCUUCUUAGGAUAGCAGAAAAUCCCCAACUGCCAGCAAGGGAUAAAUCUUCCCAAGCAGGAAAUGUUGCAGAGCGGGUGGCCCUUGGAGCCUGUACCUUUAGGCUGAUGGUUAUUUAUUACCAGCUUUAUAUAUAUCUCUCUUUCUCCUCACUCCACAUAGUUGAGUUCCAUACUCUCUGCCCGGAUGGCAAAGGCUUCAUUCUGGAUGACACCAUCCUCAACUAUGGCAUCCCAGCACAUCGUGGUGAGUCUUUUGAGCCAUGACAUACAAAGAGAUGUCGUGUGUGUGUGUGUAUCUUUAUUUUCACUGGGUGGCCCACCUUGCCCAUACCUGUGACUCUCAGAUGCUGUGUGACUCCGGCUCCCAGCAGACCCAGCCAGCAGAGCCCGUGAUCAGGGAUGAUUUGAGUCUCUACUCCAAAGAUUUGUUCAACCCAGGGGCACGGCAACUCCGGUCCAGGGCCAAAAAUGACCCUCCUGGCCCCUCUGUCUGGCCUUCCGGAUUCUCCCCAGACCACACCCUCCCCCUGACACCCUCCUCAGGUGCGUUUGCCUGGCUGGAAUGUUUUCUUGGACUCUGAGGAAGCCUCUUGCUUGUCUGGGUGGAGAGAUGUGGGGUCAAGAUGCAAGGAAGGCUCUUGAGUGUCAGGAGUGGAGCCCAAUGAACAAAGGGGUGAGUGCUCCUCCUGUUGCUCCACUCAUGGCUCCAUUCCAUGGCUUCUAGCUGAAGAAAAAAACACAUGAAUGAAAAAUCUCUCUACGAGAUUUUUACAGCCUGCAUCUUCUGCAUUAUUUUUUUGUGUGUGUAAGGGAACCAAGUUAUUUCUUUUUAAGUCUUUUGGAACCUUUUUCUUCUUUAUUUUACCGCUAACGGAUGGAGAUUUGUAACUUCCUAAACUCUGUGAGUAAAAUCUUCACUCAUUUGCAAAGCUUACAUGUCUAAAAUAUAUUCCUAGCCUAAGUAUUUUUGUGGGAAAUGUUUGUUCAAAGGUGGAUGAGGGCAGAUGUAAAAUCUAAGUUUUAAUGGGCUUGGUAGCUAUCACCACUGUGCUAACUGUUACGAGAGAGUAAGGCUCUCUUCCAAACCUUUCUCUCCAACAUAAAGAGAUCACAGAUCUCUGUCCCUGAUAUUGGGCAUGCUUUGCCCAAUAUGGUUUUGUGGGCCAAAUUCAGACACCUGGUGGUCUAAUGAGGUCCACAGGUUAGACAUUCACCCCCAUCCCCCUUCAAUGUAUCUCCCCUGUUCACCCAAUAUUCAGUAAAUGGUUUCCACUGUACAGUAUUAGGAACAUAGUUUCAUGUUUGUCUUCCCUCUUUAUAACAUAGGCAAGCUGCAGUCCCAUAGUCACCUCUGAGUAAGUGCCACUAAAACAGUAGGACUUACUUCUGAGCAGACCUAUAAUUGCACUGUCUGCUUUGACAUUCCUGUGUCCUCAUAGAUACUUUGCUCUCCUGACCUCAGCAGCUGCAUAAUUUAUAUGUGCUGAUUGCUCCAUAACACGGUUUCCUGGCUGGUGUCCAAGUCUGAAUCACAUUAUAAAAACAAACAUACAAACAACAAAUUUUUUAAUAAUCAAUCAAUCAAUCAAUCAAUCAAUCCAAAAUAGUGAAACCUUCUCUCCACAACCAUCCAGCUCAAACUUUGGGAUAUUCAGAAUUACACCUAACUGUAAGAUGCUGCUUAAAUGGUUAUAUGUCCUUCACAUAUACUGAAAUGGUGAUGAUCUGGAAGUCUAUGACUUUCCUUUGCAUUUUACAACGUGCGUGCCGCCCGAGGCAGCUGCUUUGCCUCGCCUCACGGGUGGGCCGGCUCUGACGAAAUGCAAAUUCUCCCAACGAUAUGGAGAAUUUUAGGGUUUCAUUUGGAGCAUGCCCUUCCCCAACCUGGCGCCCUCUGGAGGUUUUGAGCUAUAAUUCCCAGCAGCCACUGUUAGGACAUGCGCUGAGGAAGAUUGCAUUUGAGCCCCACAGGAAUGAUGUCUUGAUUUGCUGGGUGGGUGAGGUUUCCCCGGAUUAACAGCCUCUCCUCCCUUUUCGUUGCAGACAUUGAUGAAUGCGCCUUAUUUGGGGAGGAGAUCUGCAAAGAAGGGAAGUGUGUCAACACUCAGCCUGGCUAUGAAUGUUACUGCAAGCAAGGCUUCUACUACGAUGCAAACCUCUUGGAAUGUGUCGGUAGGCAAGAGGGCCAAAAAUGAUAGGGAAAGCUGCAGGACUCCAUGGGGUGUCCGUCCCCAAAAAACCCCUCAACAACUGUAUCCGGAUUUUCACUUUUGGAAAUAUGGCAAUUCUAGUCUAUUUUUGUGUGUGUGUGUCUUGUGGGUGACAACCUAUCACCCAAAGCAUAAAAACACCUUAUACCAUGAGCAUAGCCAGGAUUUUUGUUGGGAGGACUUUUGUUAGGCAGAACCAAUGUGAUCGGUCAGUUAGUUAAGUAUUUCUAUUGUUUUACUUGAUCUAUGCUCAUGCCUUAUGCUGAAUCAGACCCUUGAUCUAUCUAUCUUAUCUCAGCCUGUGCUUGGGUUUCUGGUUUUGUUGAUGGUUAUAUUUCAUUGUAGUAUUUCACCUUGCGUAUUUUGACAUUAAUUAAUUAAUAAUGACAGGCAGGUAAAGCGUGCAACUUUAGCAGGCUGCUUUUUUUUUUUAAAAAGACAGCAAUAUUUAGAUUUCUGUCGCAACACCUUUUUAAGAAACACUGCGUUUUGUUUUUAAAAGGCAAGUAACUGUUUCUAGCAAGGCACCCCUUUCGCUCGCAUUUAUUUUUGAUUCGGAUUUGGUGUGGCCAACGGCUAGUACGAUAACGUUAUUCGGAUCGGAUUGUUUCUAGCUCAGCUUUUAAAAAUCUCUCAGAAAACAAGCAACACGUUGUGAAAGCAGUGUGUCAUUUGGCAAAGGUUUGUAGCGAAGGGCGUGUGGAAGCUUAAAAGGUGUAACGGUAGGCCUUGAACGCUCAAGAUAUCCUGUGUGUGUCAACUUUUUAGAGAGGAGAGGCAAAAAGUCGCACUAAGUAGUAUGAUCUGCGCCCACAAGAACUGCACUGCCAUUCUUUUUGAUACACACACACACAGAGUGGUACCUCUGGUUACGAACUUAAUUCGUUCUGGAGGUCCGUUCUUAACCUGAAACUGUUCUUAACCUGAGGUACCACUUUAGUAAUGGGGCCUCCUGCUGUUGCCGCCAUGCGAUUUCUGUCCUCAUCCUGAGGUAAAUUUCUUAACCCGAGGUACUACUUCUGGGUUAGCGGAAUCUGUAACCCGAAGUGUUUGUAACCUGAGGUGUUUGUAACCCAAGGUACCACUGUAUACAGUGGUUCCUCAGUCUACGAACUUAAUUCGUUCCAGAAGCGUUCUUAUACCAAGGUGUGCUUUCCCUACUGAGGCCUUGUGCUGCCAGUGCCCUUCCACUGUUCGUCUUCCGAGGCAAAGUUCGCUAAGUGUGUGUGGAAUACAGAAACUGCAAGACCUGAAUUCCAAUCCUGUCUCUCUCCUAGAUGUGGACGAGUGUUUGGAUGAGUCGAACUGUGUCAAUGGGCGUUGUGAGAACACACGUGGGAGCUUCCGCUGCUCCUGCCCUGCCUCCACCACCUAUGACUCCAACCGUAAGAAGUGCAUACCGGCCAGUGAAGUUGGUGAGUCCUGCCCCUUCCAUUCUUGAAAAGCACAUGCUUGGUUUGCCCAGUGGACCUCUGAGCUGGAGGUUUGAGGCUGGUUUCUAACUGCCGCACGUUCUUAAGAAAGCCCCAGGACGCAGUGUUUAGGGGUUCCUAGUUUGGAGAAAAGGUGAAUUAAGAGGUGACAUGAUAGACCAUGGGUAGGCAAACUAAGGCCCAGGGGCCGGAUCUGGCCCAGUCGCCUUCUAAAUCCGGUCUGCGGACAGUCUGGGAAUCAGCGUGUUUUUACAUGAGUAGAAUGUGCCCUUUUAUUUAAAAUGCAUCUCUGGGUUAUUUGUAAGGCCUGCCUGGUGUUUUUACAUGAGCAGAAUGUGCCCUUUUAUUUAAAAUGCAUCUCUGGGUUAUUUGUAAGGCCUGCCUGGUGUUUUUACAUGAGCAGAAUGUGCCCUUUUAUUUAAAAUGCAUCUCUGGGUUAUUUGUAAGGCCUGCCUGGUGUUUUUACAUGAGCAGAAUGUGUCCUUUUAUUUAAAAUGCAUCUCUGGGUUAUUUGUAAGGCCUGCCUGGUGUUUUUACAUGAGCAGAAUGUGCCCUUUUAUUUAAAAUGCAUCUCUGGGUUAUUUGUAAGGCCUGCCUGGUGUUUUUACAUGAGUAGAAUGUGUCCUUUUAUUUAAAAUGCAUCUCUGGGUUAUUUGUAAGGCCUGCCUGGUGUUUUUACAUGAGUAGAAUGUGCCCUUUUAUUUAAAAUGCAUCUCUGGGUUAUUUGUGGGGCAUAGGAAUUCGUUCAUCCCUCCCCCCCAAAAAAUAUAGUUCGGCCCCCCACAAGGUCUGAGGGCAGUGGACCAGCCCCCUGCUGAAAAAGUUUGCUGACCCCUGUGAUAGACUUUUAUAAAACUAUGCAUGGCAAAGAUAUAAAGUGGAUAGAGGAAAGUCCCCCCCCCCACCUGGCUUACAACACUAGAACUCGCGGACAGCCUACAAAAGCUGAAUGUUGGAAGAUUCAGGACAGACCAAAGAAAGCCCUUCUUUAUACAGCACAUAGUUAAACUAUGGAACUCACUCCCACAGGAGGCAGGUGACAGCCACCAACUUGGGUGGAUUUAAAAGGGGAUUCGGGCUAUCGAUGGCUUUCACAGUCUCUCUGCCUCCACAGUGGAGGCAGCAAUGCUUUUGAAUACCAGUUGCUGGAAACCGCAGGGGAGGAGCAGGCUCUUGUGCUUAGGACCUGCUUGUAGGUUUCCUACAAGCACCGGAUUGGCCACUGUGAGCCCAGGAUGCUGGACCAGAUGAGCCAUUCUCCUGAUUCAGCAGGCUCUUCUUAUGAUGAAGGAAUUCAUUUCAAAGGCCACCUUGUUAAGAAGUCGGCUUUGCCAGUUUGAGUCUGGAAAAAAAGACCUCUCACAGGGCAAAACCUCAGUAGCAACAGAAGGGUGGAAGAUAACAAGAAUACCGAGCAAUUGGGGCUUGUGGGCUGUAGGGUUCAGAAUAGGCUUGGGAGCAGGGACAUGCAUAAAGAGACCCAUGUAGGAGUGAGCAGCUGGCUCCCUGGUUGUCGCCUGCAGAUCUGGAUGAGUGCCAGGACCCCAGGGUCUGCAAACUUGGGCACUGCACCAACACUAUCGGCUCAUUCUCCUGCGAAUGCCCACCUCCCUUGACCUUGGACCCCAGUGGCAAGGAGUGCCAGCUCCCAGAGACACAAGCAGGUCAGCUCUAUUUAUUUGCAGCAUUUUUAUACCCAUCUAGUAACAAAACGUUAUUUGGUCAAUGUGAUUAAAGAACAAAAACAGAAAAACCCAUGAAACACAACACUGACAUAAAAUUUUUAAAAAAACAAUGUUAAAGAGCAUUAGGAUCAAAUCAAAGUAAAACUAGCAUCUGCUAAAACAGCAGAGUCAGUAAUCUACAGAACAUUGAAAGCUUGCAGAUUUAACACAUAGAAUAAGAGAACAAGAAGAACAUACAUUUAGAGAAGAUUGGAAAACAUUUAUUGAAUAUAUGGGGGGAAACUGUACAUCUGAAAACACUGACAGCAUUAAGAUAAAUUCAACAGUGUAAAUAAGUUUUGACGGAUGCAGUAAUGGAAUACUGAAUGAUUUAGGUUUUGUAAAAUAUGCAGGGAUUAAUGAUGUGCAAAAGGAACCAUGGAAAGAGAAGAAGGGAAGUCACUGAUAUUUUAAGGAUGUUUAAAUGAGUAUUUUAAAUUGUCAAGGAGAAAAUACAAUAGAAAAUUAUAUAUAUAGAAAUACUUUUUUAAAAAACAAGAAAAUCUCUGUGCGCAAAUGGAACCGAACCUCAAGCUGCCCCACCCUUUCCUCUCCCCACUUCGCAGACAGGGUGACCGACCUUCGCGAUGUCUGCUGGCAGCAGAGAGGGGAGGACGGGAUGUGCUCCUCUCCGUUCAAUGGCCAGCAGCUGAGCUACGAGGAAUGCUGUUGCCGCUACGGCAAAGGCUGGGGCUACCACUGCCACGCCUGCCCACUGCGUGGCUCAGGUAACCGUGAGCGCUGAGUUCAUGGGGAGGGAGGAGUGGGAGAUGGGGGUAGUUGGCUGAGGGGGAAAGUGCCCUUGAGCAUUGAGGGUCUGACCUCUCCACACACCAGGAAGUUUAUUGAAGCAGCCCACAGUGUCAGCGUGAAACUAUUUCCUUUAGCAAUGUCUGGGCCCAGGAAUCCUGAAAAGCAGAGUGACUCUGAGCAUGCAGAGGGUGAAGAGAUUUAAUUCAUAUGCCAAAUCCAACUCUUCUCAGUAUGGGGGACGUGGAACAGUAUGGAAGAUAUGGGUGCCACUGAGCACACACAGAGUGCUUUCCAUCUUCCCACCAAAGCUCCUCUUUGGUGGGAAGAUGGAAAGCACUCUGUGUGUGCUCAGUGGCACCCAUAUCUUCCAUACUGUUCCACGUCCCCCUCUUACACAUUUGGGGCUAGGCUAUGAGCCCUGGCAUAUCCCACUCUUUCCCUGUAUAUUAUAACGCUUGUGCCCACAUUUUUUGCCUAUCAUUAUGAGGGUGACUUAGGAGCAGGUGUGGCCCAAGGUGACGAGGACUGCUGUGGUGUUUGUUUCUCCCCCAGGCCUUAACUGCCAGUCCACUCCAAGCGAGAGCAACUCAUUUUGGGACUUCAGCGCUUUGUUUGGCAAGGUGCACAAAGGUGAGAGUUUUAAAAUUGCCUUAUGCCCACUCAGCCACUUCGAUCUGCGGAACUUGCACUGUUAUGGGUUACACAUAAUUCUCGUUCCACAUUGGUAAGAAAUUGAUCUUUUAGUGCAGAAGCACCCACACUUUGGAACUCCCUGCCAAUUGACUUCAGGUGGGCGCUGUCACCAUACUUUUUUGGGGGCCCAACAUUUUUAUUUAGGCAAGCCUGUCCAGACAUGUAGCACGUUAGCAUGUGUUUUAAUCUGGUUUUUAUCUUAUCACUGGUCUUAAUUAUUGUUUGUAUGUUUCAAAUAGUUGCUUCUAACUGGAUCUUGUUUUUGUUUUACUGAUCAUUUCAUUGUUUCAUUCUUUUUGUAAACUGCUUUGAGUUUGUGUUUUUUUUAAAUCAAGUGGUAUAUAAAUUUUAUGAAAUAAAUGGAGACAGGGGUGGUGUUCAGGGGCAGUCAGUCAGUCAGUCAGUCAGUCUGUCUGCAACAGCUAUCACUUAGGGGAGUAGGAGGGGCUGGAAACAGAUAAACAACUACAUGACUCUUAGAAGACAUCUGAAGGCAGCCCUGUAUAGGGAAAUUUUUAAUGCUUGAUGAUUUAUUGUGUUUUUAUAUUUUACCGGAAGCUGCCCAGAGUGGCUGGGGUAACCCAUCAGAUGUGCAACUUCUUCUUCUUCUUCUAAUACAAAAUGAGCCAAAAUAAAGUGAAGGAUGUGCCAUUUUUUACUUCUCCCCCUCCCAAAAAAACCCCUUCUAUUUUGAGGCCUUUCUCUCACUGAGCCCCUCCUGAAGGUGAAAGCAUCCAACAUUAUUUGGACACUAGGCUGUUUCCUGCUUCUUUCCCCACCCCAGAUGCGGACAGCUCCGAAGAGGAUUCCGAUGAAUGCCGCUGUGUGAACGGCCACUGCGUCCGCACCCAGCAGGGCUUGGUCUGCGAGUGCUCCCCGGGCUUCCAGCUCGAUGCCAGCCAUACCCGCUGUCUGGGUAAGAGGGUCUUGAUUUUCCACAGCAUGCACAGACGUAGCGCUCUCGGCCAGGCUGAACGCUAGAGGGUACAUUACAAUGCCUCCAGACUCCAGUGAUUUGUGUGCAAAUGCCCCACCCCUACCCCCACCUUCUGACCCCACAUCAUCCAGGGUUCUUUUUAGGGAAUUGACUCCACUCUCCUGUCUGCAGAUGGUUUUGGGGUGUGGGCGUGCUGGGCAAAGCGUGGACUGCCAUCACCUCUCUUGGUGAGCUCUGAGGGGCUUACCUGGUCACUUGUGGCAUUUGGGCAGCAGUGUCGGGUGGCCAUUUGCAAUUUCCCAUAAUGCCCCAGAGUGAUGCUAGAUUGGAGAUAUGGUGGGGAAGUGGACAUGACUCAGAUGCCGUUGCUCUGGUUGGGAAAGCAAAUUUAAAGGGAGCCCAAGACAGAUGCCAGCAGUGGGCACCUGCCAUGGCACUGGGUUCCUCAGCAGCUGCCCAAAUGUGCCAAGUUCUGGCGCUGCCCACCCCCUCUUCUUUUCCUUAUUUCUUUUCCUUUCAGAUAUUGACGAGUGCCUGGAGCUCAACCACCGAGGGCUUCUGUGUAAAACCGAACGCUGCGUGAACACCAGCGGCUCCUACCGCUGUGCCUGCAAGCUGGGCUAUGUCCGCUCUCGGCCGCAUGGGAUCUGCAUCCCCCAGCGCCAGCGGUAGCAAGUGGGGAGAGCGAAGGAGAGAGUGCGGCUGUAAGGAGGCCAGCGCCCUCCCUCCUGCCCUGGCGACCUCUUGGCUGCCUGCUGCCGGAAACUGUAUACUGGGCUAGGAGGACAUUUUUGUCUGGAACCAAAAAGGCAUUUCUGACAUUCUUGAGGACUCUUUUUUUUGUUUGUUUGUUUUUGUACCGGCUAUGAUGAAGGGGCAUUGAUUUGAUGUUUUGUUAUAUAGGCUGGCUCCCUUGUCCCCCGUUUUAUGCUCCCCAACCCACCGGAUAUUUAUCAUUAGGGUUAAAAAAAACUGCAGUCAGUUUGCACUUGUUUCUGUAGGCUUCAGAAAUAAAAUUCCUUUUUUUGUACAUAAUAGAUGUUGGUGGGGGUGGGGUGGGGGAAACAAACAAGUUUCAAAGUUAAUCAGCCAAUUAAAAAAAAGGAAAAAGAAAGGGGAGGAAGAUCCUGUUACAGUUUCUGUCGUCCGAUUCUGUUAACAACAAGGAAAGGCUGCAAUUUGCAAAUAAAUAAAUAAAAAGUCAGUGGGAGGUUUGGGGUGGGGUGGGGAAUAAAAAGGGCAUUAAACAUGCUCAUGACGAGCGUUAAUUG